CACGUUCAACCGCUAUAAAACUACUAGAAGAAGAAGAAUAGCAUAUAGCAUACAUCCAUCGCUUCAGACUUCAGAGUGGCCAAAGCCUGAGGUUCAAGUGUACUGAAGCGUCAAAAUGUUGAAAGAGCUCGUAAGGGAGCGACUCAUUGCGGCCGCCGACGAAAUCUUCGGACUGUUUGAAAGAACGAUAAUGUCGUACGAGGAGCAACUCUGUCGAGCGAGAGAGGAGACCGAGGCACACCGACGACAACUCGAAGCUGUUUGCAAGACUCAAGUUCUCAUACCCCUCCGAGACGUCCAGCAGCUGAUUGGUCGUCAGGAAGAACUUCCCCCUCAGCUGCAGUGCGGGAGUUCCAGUUUGAAGCAAGAGGUUCCACAGCCACUCUUCGCUAAAGAAGAGGAGGAGGAGGUUGAGGUCAACAAGUUGCCGCUGACUGUUGUCUCUGUGAAGAGUGAAGACGAUGAAGACAAAGCACCUGACUGGUCACAGCUCUUUCAUCACAGUCCAAGUGGAGACUACGGUGGAGGUCCACCACCAGACAACCUCUUAGCUCCACUGUCAGACAGUGACGACAUGGAAGAACCUUUGAGGAGCGACGAAGACUGUGAAGGUGGCAAACAGUCAAAAUGCUCCGAAGAGGCAGCAACACAGGAAAAACGUGUUGCCUGCUUAGUUUGUGGUAAAGAGUUACAUAAAAAGACUUUGUUAAGACAUAUGAGGAUACAUCCAGGAGAAAAAGCCUUUAGGUGCUCAGUCUGUGGUAAAGCAUUCUCCAAAAAUUCUGAUAUAGUUAGACACAUGAGAACACACACAGGAGAAAAACCCUUUAGUUGCUCGACUUGUGGUAAAACCUUUUCUCAAAAGUCAACCUUGGUGUCACACACGGUAACACACACAGGAGUAAAACCCUUUAGUUGCUCAACUUGUGGUAAAACAUUCUCCAGAAAGAAAUACUUGGUGUCACAUGUCAGAAUACAUGCAGAAAAGCCCUUUUUUUGUUCAGUUUGCAGGAAAACAUUCCCUCUAAAAGAAAGACUGAUAUUACACAUGAGAACACACACACAAGAAAAAACCUUUGGUUGCUCAUGUUGUCAUAAAGGGUUCAGCCAUGAGUCCGAUCUGGUUAAACACACAAGAACUCACACAGGAGAAAAACCCUUUAGUUGCUCAAUUUGUGAUAAAACCUUCUCUCAAAAGUACAACAUGGUCUUACACAUGAGAGUACAUACAGGAGAAAAGCCCUACAGUUGCUCAGUUUGUGGUCAAGAGUUCACUCAUAAGUCAAAUAUGGUUUUACACAGGAGAAAACACACAGGAGAAAAACUCUUUAGUUGUUCAAUUUGUGGUAUAAGCUAUUCAAAUCCAAAAAGCUUGCCUGCACACAUGCGGGCAAAGCACAGGAGAAAAAAUGUUUCACAGUAACAGGGCUCUUGACUUCCCCGAUAUGGUCACACUUUCCCCUUAAAUUUGAGACCGUGAAUUUUUUUUCGUUUUUUUUGGUUUUUGUUUUAUAUCUACUGGCGCAUGUGCGACCUACAGUGACCGAGACAGGUCACAACAAAUGCAAACGCAACAACACAACACAGCGACAUCAGCACACAACAGAAAAGCAAACGGCACAACACAUUAAUGCCACAACACAAAACAACGCUUUUGGUACAUCAGAAGUGACCGCGAGACUCCUGCCUCCUGUACAAUUCGUCUGUGUUAUCCGGGGACUUUUGCCGACGGACCAAGUGGCCAAAUAUGGAAGUUGCACAAGUUUUAAUGAACAAAGUUGAAAUGUUUUAUAAAUGAUUUAUAAAAAUCGGAAACUGCUUACGUUCCAAAAUAGCUUACUUGCACGUACUUUUCCAACUUCGUUCAUUAAAAUUUGUGUAGCUUCCCACUUUAGUCACUUUUUUCCUCAACUUUCAACAUUCCUCAACAAAUCAGUCAUUACAAGGAUAUAUAUAUAUUGUUUGUUUUGCGUUUGGUGAUAUGGGUAGGGUGAAGAAUGUAUUUAGUUCUCAUCCCAAUUUUAAUUUCCAUCCAUCCAUUUUCUUCCGCUUAUCAGAGGUCGGGUCGUGGGGGCAGUAGCUUUAGCAGGGACGCACAGACUUCCCUCUCCCCAGCCACUUCAUGCAGCUCUUCCGGGGGGAUCCCGAGGGGUUCCAAGGCCAGCCGGGAGACAUAGUCUCUCCAGUGUGUCCUGGGUCGUCUUUGGGGUCUCCUCCUGGUGGGAUGUGCCCGGAACACCUAGCCAGGGAGGCGUCCAGCAAGCAUCCUAAUCAGAUGCCUGAGCCACUUCAUCUGGCUCCUCUCAAUGCGGAGGAGCAGCGGCUCUACUCUGAACUCCUCCCGGAUGACCGACCUACUCACCCAAAUUUUAAUUUCAGUAGGAUAAUCUUUUGAGAUUUUUCCUUAUUAAAGAUAUUGGGAAGCCCAUUAGUCCGUUGGCAUUAUGAGUCACCAGUAAGAUGGAUCAAUUAUACAGUCGGUGGGAGUCCUGUGGUCAUCUCCAGUACCUAAACUGUUUUGGUAUUUUUAUUUGUUUUAUGUUAAUGUGUUGUGGCGUUUGUAAUUGUCGUGACAGGUCUCGGCCACUGUAGUGACCAGUACAUUUGCAGAAUUAAAAAAAAUAAUACAAUAAUUUUGUUUUUUAACGAACUUCUGCUCUGCCGUUUCGGCCCAGUUGUUGGCGAUGAUACACAUGAGCUUGUUUACCAACCAGUAUUGGCUCCAGAAGAAGAAAGCAAAUGAAUACCAAAGAAGAAAAAGGCAGGCCAAUGUGUUUGAGGGUGAGGGGGGAAUAAUAACAACGGUGUGGCAAAUGUGUGAAGAGGCAUCUGCCCUUAGCAAUGUAAACAAUUUAAUCCUUGCCAAAAUGCUUGCUAUAUACCUUUGUGUGCAGAGAAAAACAGCAAACCACCUUCUUUUCAUUCUGUGUAUCCACUGCUCUCGAAGGAUGGGGUCUUUAAAUUGCAAGUAUAUCUGGUGCAAAAAGGUGUGCAGCAAUGCUUAUUUGAAUCAUCCAUCGUUUUAUGGAACUUAAAACAUCCCUCACGUUAUAGUUACUUAUUUUUCCGGCAGGUACAAUACUCGAGUACCUCUGUCCGUUUAUUUACCUGCUGUGGUGAAUGGAACAGGAAGUUCAGCGGAAACUCAUUUUCUGAUAACUGGCGAGACUGAAAGCACGGCACACGUAGUCCAUUUCAGGGAGACAAAUUCGAUGAAGUGCAAAUUCUGCUGUCUGUACGCGCAACAUUUGGGGAACUUGAAUUUGGGGCAUGUGAUGAUAUUACUGACACUGCUGGCGUAAACAUUAACUUUAGUAGACUUGAUUCUUAUGUUUAUGUGGUGUCAAAACUAUCUAAUUAAAAUGAAUUUAAAAUAUUGUACUUUCUUGAUUUCUUGUCAAUUUCUUGAAAAUAUUCCUUUCAAGUCUAUUUACAGUGUGUGCCCCUAAAGUUUCUGCUUCCAGCCCUAAACUUUAAAGAAAGAGGCCACUGUGCUCCUUGUCAAAAAAGUCAGUCUGGAGCCUUGAGUAAUACAUUACAUACAUACAACAAUAUUGCAUCAUCUGGACCUCACUUAUUGUUUUCAAUUAAAAAAAAAAUGUGAAAAAAAAUUCUGUUUUGUAUGGGUCACCGAAAGGAACAUAAACAAAUGUAGAAAAAAAAUUACUGAGAGAACUUGCCAAAACGAGAUGAGAUAAAAAUUUGAAAGAUGUUGCAAAUCUUUCAUUUGUGGUAAUGUACUGCCGGCUCAACUUCUGGUUAAACAAGUGUAGAAUCUGUUUUCUACGGUCACUAACCAUAUCCAUCCGUCUUUCGUCCCAUCCCGAUUGGACAAAGAGAGGUGAAAGCAAAUCUCUGAAACUGAACGUACGUGCAUUAACGUGAAUUAACAUUUUGUGAGAUCUUACAAAAUGUUAUUUACUUCUGUACCUCCCCUUAGGGCUCCAUAGUUUUGGUAAAGUGUCACCCGUCUUGCCAUAACUGCAAAAAAAAAAACGAUUUAAAGAGUAGCCUUUUCAGGGGUUAUGGAAUUAAUAAGCAUAAUAGAAAAA